AUGAGUAAAAGAGACGUUGUACUUGCUCCAAAUGCCAAGCGUUUAAAAACAGAUGAAACUCCCUUGGAGCGAAAGAUUUUAUAUGUCGUCCUAGAAGGUUGUAGCUUGGAGACUGCUAAGAUAGGAAAGGAAUACGUUAUCCUAUGCAGUGACAAGCAUGCUAACUUUUUGAGGAAAAAUAAGAAGGACCCCUCAGAUUACAGACCUGACAUUCUUCAUCAAUGUUUAUUGAAUCUUCUCGACAGUCCCUUGAACAGAGCAGGAUUACUUCAAGUUUAUUUCCGAACACAAAAAAAUGUUCUCGUGGAAGUUAACGCACAGUGCAGAAUUCCAAGAACUUUCGACAGAUUCUGUGGACUUAUGGUUCAAUUAUUACAUAAGCUAUCUGUAAGAGCAGCUGAAUCAAACACCAAACUUCUGAAAGUCGUCCAAAAUCCCGUUACCAAUUAUGUUCCCGUUGGAUGCAGAAAGGUUUUGAUGUCUUUCAAUACAAACGAACUUGUUCAACCUAAUAAACUCGUCGAAGCUGGCGUUGAGCAACCUUUACUUGUCGUUAUUGGAGGUAUUGCUAAAGGAAAGAUUGUAUGCGAUUUCACAGAGGCUGAUAUCAAAAUCAGUAACUAUCCUUUGAGUGCUGCCCUUUGUUGUGCCAAAGUUACAAGUGGGCUAGAAGAAACUUGGGGAAUCAUCUAA